GCAGCCCCGGCCGAGGAUUCCCAGCGGCUCCGUCGCCCAGCUGCACCUCGGCAUGGCGAAGGCAGCCGGAGCCGGCGGCAGCGGCGCCCUCCUCCGCCUCCUCCUCCUCCUCCUCCUCCUCCUCGCUGCGCUGUGCUGCCGGAGCCUGGCCCAGAGAGCCCCGGCCAUUCCGGACAAGUGCUGCUUCAACUUCCAGAUGAGGAGGAUCAAGAAGGACAACGUGGUGGGCUGCUACGCCACGAGCCCCGAGUGCCCGCACCGGGCCGUCAUAUUCAAGGUGAAAAACGGCAAGGAGAUCUGCGCCCAAGCCGGCAGGCCCUGGGUGAAGAAGUACCAGGAGACCUUCAAGGCCAGCUCCUUCUCCAUCCCCAGCUAGAGGGGAGGCAGCGCGCCGGCCCCGAAGCAGAGGGGCCCUCGCCGCGCCGCCUCCCUCGCUUCCCCCCGCGCCGGGGGGCCGAGGCGGGACCCCCACCCCGCUCCCCGGGGCGGCCCGCCCCGCCGGCGCCCCCCGCUCGGGCGCGGGGGCUAAGGAGCCGCGUCCGCGCGCUCGCUGCCUGUACGACGCGACGAGCGGGAUUAAAGACCGCGUCACGCGCGCAA